CGACUUGCCUCCUGGCAGCGCUAUAUAAAGGCGGCCCAGCUGUCCCGAGCCCGGCCCGGAGCACGGCGGUGUGCGGGCGGCGUUCCGGGGGCUGCGUGACGCGAGGUGACGUGACGCCUGUUCUCCCCUCAGCAGCCGGCAAAUGUGCAAUACCGAGAUGUCUUCCCUGACGGACGGCUCUGCUGUCAGCGCCUCGGAGCAGGAGGCUCUGGUUAAACCAAAGCCACUGCUGCUGAAGCUGUUGAAGUUAGCUGGUGCAGAAAAAGACACUUUUACUAUGAAGGAGGUAAUAUUCUAUCUUGGACAAUAUAUUAUGUCUAAACAAUUGUAUGAUGAAAAAGAGCAACAUAUUGUGCACUGUGCAAAUGAUCUUCUUGGGGAUUUAUUUGGAGUAACAAGCUUUUCAGUAAAAGAACACAGGAGAAUAUAUUCCAUGAUUUCCAGAAAUCUGAUAGCAAUCAACCAACAAGAUUCUGCGCUUGCUGACCCACCUGAGGAUGAUGCCAAAUUUCAGCUUGACAAAGAAAAUGUUCUAAAGGAAUCCAUGCAAGAGUUAGAAGAGAAGCAGACUUCAUCAAACGUGACUUCCCAGCCAACGACAUCAUCCAGGAGGAGAACGCACAGUGAAUCUGAAGAAAAUUCUUCAGAUGAUCUGCAUAGUGACAGAAGAAAACGUCAUAAGUCAGACAGCAUCUCGUUGACCUUUGAUGAAAGUCUCUCGUGGUGUGUAGUCAGUGGGCUGUGCCAUGAAAGAAGCAACAGCAGUGAUUCCACAGAUUCUGUUUCCAUUCCGGAUCUUGAUGCCAGUUCACUAAGUGAAAACUCUGAUUGGUUUGACCACGGUUCUGUUUCAGACCAGUUUAGUGUAGAGUUUGAAGUUGAAUCUAUUUAUUCAGAAGACUACAGCCAUAAUGAAGAAGGACAGGAGCUCACAGAUGAAGAUGAUGAGGUGUAUCAGCUGACUAUUUAUCAAGAUGAAGAUAGUGAUUCUGAUUCAUUCAAUGAAGAUCCAGAGAUUUCUCUAGCCGAUUAUUGGAAGUGCCCAGAAUGUAGUGAAAUGAAUCCUCCGCUUCCACGACAUUGCCACAGAUGUUGGGCCCUCCGCGAGGACUGGCUUCCUAAAGAGAAGAGUGAUAAACUGGUGAAGAGCAAAUUAGAAGACUCUUUCCACCUGGAGUCUGAGGAAGGUUUUGAUGUUCCUGACUGUAAGAAGGUGAAAACGAAUGAAGAUAAAGAACCGGCUGUGGAGGAGAAUGAGGAUAAAGCAGCACAGAUAUCUGAGUCCCAGGAAAGUGAAGAUUAUUCUCAGCCUUCGACAUCUAGUAGCGUGUUUUGCAGUAGUCAGGAGGACUUCAAGGAACCCGAGAAGAAAGAAAUGAAAGAUAGAGAGGAAAGUAUGGAGUCCAGUCUGCCUGUUAGCAGCAUAGAGCCCUGUGUCAUAUGCCAGAGCAGGCCGAAAAAUGGCUGCAUAGUACAUGGCAAAACGGGACAUCUCAUGUCGUGUUUUACAUGUGCAAGAAAACUGAAGAAGAGGAACAAACCCUGCCCAGUGUGCAGGCAGCCCAUACAAAUGAUUGUACUAACUUAUUUUGGCUAGGGCAAUGGAAAGCAACAAAAGGAACUCAUAAACAGGUACAGCAAAGAAGAGUAGGAGUAAGAAAUUAUUUUUAUAUGCUUAUUGCAGAUUAAUAUUUUGAGUGUCUUUACAUUUGGUAUGAAAAGUCAUUGCUGAAGCAAAUGCACUGGAAUUUUUAAGUUUUGCCUGAUAUUUACUAGUUAAUUUAACACUGAACAUUUUAAAUGCCUUUCAAUAGAAGAAACCAAUUCCUGUUGGUCAGCGUUUGACUUUCCAGCUGUUUUACUGUACAUAAAAGUCAAUGACGUUUCAAUUACGGUAUCGACUACAAGUAUUGCAAGCCCCAGUUCAGUGAUGAUCAGAGGAGGGACAUUUUGAAGAGUUCAUUUAAAGUCAGCUUAGAAGAAAGAAGAUUCUCUACAUUCCACUGUCUGUUGCCUAGUGAAAGCACCAGGCAGAAUCAGAACCAUCUAAGUCAGUAAAAGAACAGAAUAGAGCCUUGUUUCCCUCACUCCCCAAAAAUAAAUCCCUUCAAGAGGGAAAUCUUUUGGAUGCUUGUUGGGAAACCAGGGAAGCUGUAGUAAAAAGUAACUGUACUUUGUUAGAAUGUACUUUGUAAAGUUCAGGGCUGUAUGAAUACGCUGUGAGAAGUCACUGACCAGUCUUACAGUUGCCUCUUAAAUAUCCUGAGAAAGGGACUUUUAAAACAUGGUAUGGAUGUAGUGGUCUGUACCGGCCUCGUUAUUUUAGCAGUGUGUGAAAGAUGUGAACAGGAAAGAUAAACUUAAUUAAAGUUAAGUGACUAAUGACUAAAGAAGAACUUAACUAAAAAGCAAGGCAAAUCACCAGUAAUAGGGGAUGUUUAUAGGUUGUUUUCUUUUCCUGCACUUGCAUCAAAAUAGUAAGGGAAAAAAAGUCCACCUCCACUUGCAGAGAGAAAGAAGCUCUGUACUUCUUUUUUGCCCAGUUUUUUCAGUUCAGCAGCCUUUCUGGCUUCUGCCGUUCUCUUUUUUUUCUUUUCUGUAUCGCACAAAUUUUGAAAACCUGCUGCAAAGUUCUGGCCAGAUAAGACUUUUGUCUCGGUUGGAUCCAUCCGUCCUUCUUUUAGCUCUUAUGUCCUCACUGUACUUCCUCAAAACCUUUGUGAAAUGUGUUGGUUUCUUUAUUAAGAAGUAUGCUAAUUGACUUAGGUCUGUGAUGCAUUCAAAGGAGGUAGCGUGAAUAUAUUUUUGUAAGCUAAAGUGUCUAAAGACGUAGUUGGAUUUCUCGUCUGACCUGCUCUUCAGACAGAGUUCCUGCACUGGUGGGUUCUGUUUCUUCUUUUGGAUGACCAGACUGCAAGAAGGGGAUUUAGGUGUUCUCAGCUCAUGAAUUUGACAGAUAGUCACUGUUCAGCCGUCCAGCGGGAGCCAACAAAUAGUUUUAGAGUCAGGAGAGCUCCAAGAAUGGAGAUGUAAUCUAAAUGCAGAAGAUGUGCUGUGUUUUACCAUCCCACAGCCCUUGGAGAUGUGGCUUCCUUACCCUGGCAGCACCAGUACGAAACUGUUUGUGCCUCUGCGCUGGCACAAAGGCCUGCGUUGUUUAAAUUACUUCCACCUCAGAGCUGAAAUAUUUAUUCUGGUAUAGAUGCCUGGAAAGCAGGACUGGAAAUGCCAGGAAUACAGGAAAGUACCUACUAGUUUUCCUAGGUACUUCCUUGUGUAAACUAAAAAACGUGCAGUAGAAACUUGGUAAACACUUGACUGCAAAGAAAUCCCCACCUGAGUCAGUGAUGUUUGUUCGUACAGUUGACCUAAUUGUUGAAAGCUUCUACUAAAAGCUACUGAUACCUCUGAAGCUUCACCGUUGUUCAUUUUAACUAAACAAAACAGAAAACUCAGUUGUACAUUUCUUCAAAGAAAGAAUUGCUUUACGUGCAAAUUUCUUGUUCCUUGCAAUUUUUCUAAGGGCAGCAGUCAGCUGGAAGCUGCUGAAGGUGCUGCAGGCCUUCGUGCUGGCCUUUGGUAAUCCUUCGGCCUGCGCUAGAGGAGUCCUUUGGGUGGCAUUUAAGUUCUUCAGCUAGCAGUGCUUCUCAUUGGUGGUUACCUGCCUCUGUUAGCACUGCUUCCUCUUCAUUUCUCUUCAUUUGUAUUUGAUCAGUUGAAGCAUGGGGAAGCUCAAAGGGACUGUUUGACUGCUGCUGCAUAUCAGAACUGAUCAGCGGUCCUAUUGGCCUGCAGCGUGCAGUUGGCAGGGGAUUGUAAACUUGUGUAGUUGGGAGAAGCACUGAUAAAAUGGGGAGUGUACUUAGGAGACACUGUGAUGGAUGAAUAUUUGUUGACUUCUUCAGUUUGAUACCUUCUCUGCAGUCAUUGUGGUUGCUGUGUAACCCCAGCGGUGGGGAGCAGCUGUUGUUAACCCAGUUCCUGCUGGGACAAAUUGCGCUGUCCUGCUCUGGGCGUUCUUUUCCAGCUCCCUUGGGUGAUCUCCAUAUUGAAGAAGGAGGAAAAAAAAAAAUCAGCUCUUAAAAAUGCAUGAACAGUCACAGCAAUGAUCUUGCUGUUUGCAAGUACUCAGCUUUGGGCUUUUCCUUCAGAAAUAGUUUCACUUCCUAUUAAAGCUUUCUGCAUUGGCAAAAGGUAAAACAGGAGCGUACAGCACAACUGACUUUUCCCUGUAUGAUCUGAAGUCUUACUUCCUUAGCACAUGCUCUUUUGUAGAGAACAGCCCUGGAAACACCCUCCGUUCCAUAGAGUACCGAGGAGAUGAGUAAUUUUGGGGCCUGCAUCCUUGGCCAUACUACUCUGUCAGUGAAUUUUUUAUUUUGAAUGAUGUUUUCUGGCUUAAUUUUAUUUUUAGCGGCCAGUGGGGUUUUUUGUUUGUUCGUUCUUGUCUUCUGCUUCCUUUUAAAAAGAGUGCCUUACAAAUAAGGGUGUGGAGUGAUGGGGUAUUGGCAUCUGUCUCAUUUCCUGUCAGAGCAGCUGGUAGGGAUGUGUGCAGGGCAGACCAAGACCCGGCUGAGAGCAGCGUUUGGCCCAAAGUGCUGGAACCUUGGGGUUUGUCACCAUGUGCUCACCCCACGCUGCGCUCUGUAGUGCUGACUAUGAGCUGCUGACUGCUCUCUUCCUUGUGGCAGACAGAUAACCACAGCCCAUCCUCCGUAGUGGUGCAAAAGUUGGGAACGUUGUGGCAUCAAAGUGGAUUCUUGAUCUUACUUGGUGAGCUCUUUCAGAUCGUUAUUUCAUAUUGUACACAUUUUAAUGAUUAAUUUAUUGCAGUUUGUAAAUAUUCUUGUGCUUAUAGUUAGUGUUGUGAGCUUUAAUUUAUUGAAUUGGUCUGCUGGUGCAUGUACAGAUAAACACGUGUGCUUAGUAAGUCACGGCUACAAGAGGAGUAUUCAAGAAAUUGUAGCAUUAAAACAGAGAUGCAGGCUAUGUUCAGGUGAAGGGAUGGAAGACGUAUGCCUUUGUUUUCAUUUGUCCUUCCCUUAAAGCCGUCUCGGUGUUGAAGCCAUAAAACACUCACCGAGUAGAGGCAGAAGCUGAUGAGAUGUGAGCACAGGGAAACUGUUUUGGUGGUGGUUUCUAUUGGGAUGCUUUUGCGUCUCCCACUGCAGCCACACGCUGCUCUGUUGUGCUGUGAACAUCGGAGGGCAGUGUCUGGAAGAUGGGACACGACAACGGGAGGCGCUGGGUGGUGAGUUCCCUCACAUUUGGGAAGGUAACCAAGGGAGCUGAGGGAACCAACAGAACUGAGAAGGCUGCAGUUCCAGCAACUGUGUGCGCUUCAGGUAGGCAGUAGUUGAAUACAACCGCUGCAAGAACUCACAGUUGUUUUUUUUAUAGAGUGCAAGAAAACCACUUUUGGAUUAAAUGCUUUUUUUCCCUUUAGCCAGGAGCGCCAAGUAUGAAGUGAAAUACUCGAGACAGCUGCCAAAGCUGCUUUGGUUCAGCAUCUGACACUCAGAUAAUGCUGGGGCUGGUGAAUGUUAAAUUAACUGAGAACCUUUAAUGCUAUAUCUUCAGCUCCGUUUCUGCAAAAGUCCGUUGCCUUCAUCUGUUAGAAACUUGUGGGAGUGAAGCAGGUAGCUGGGUUGCUGGUGGUAUCGAGUGUUCAUGCUGCAAAGUUUGGUUUUGUGGAGCAGCUCCUAGGAAGCGUUGUGUGGUGGUGGCACUGAGCUGUGCUGUCUGUGCCACGCUGAGGCUCUGGCUGCAGCUUCAGUGAGGAGGCUGGUUUACAAAGGGUAAAUCUGCUACAGAAUGUAACUGAUGAGGUGUUGCGUUUAUUUCCAACAGCCUGGUACAGUUUUAUCACUGAGUUCUAAUUCCUUUGUGUUUCUUUAAAUGUCACUCUCUGAAAAUUCAGUAUGGAUGUGAAACCACACAGAGGACUUACGGCUCGUUUUUCCCCUACAAGACCAACGUGAGGUCAAAAAGCAAUUCCUCAUUCUCAGAGAAAGCACCAACAAGAAUAAUUUUCAGAAAACCAUGUUCUUACAGGAGGGAGAGUAGAACAUUAUUAGAAGCAUAAUAAAACAAUAAAAUGAAGUGAAUAAACAAAUCAGUAUUGGGUUGAAACAUUCUUUCUUUCCCAUCUUAACCUUAAGCUGCUGUUGUGUUUAUCCCAGGCAGAGGAGACGCUUUGCUGUGCAAUGCAGCAUAAAAGAAGGGGAGUUACUGCUGUGGUACGUGCCAGCGGAAAAGUAUACUUGCUUACCACAGGUGCACUGAAAAAGAGAAUGUGUUUCUGUUGUAUGUAUUGUACGUGCAAAAGUUGUUGAUACUUCAAGAAGCGUUGUCUCCUCCUCUUCAGUACGUGUUGCUUUAAAGCAGCAGCCUGAAGAACCAACAGGCGGUUUUUGGUUUUGAGCUAAAUGAAUGGCAUAACACCUAAAAUAUCAAAUGUUUCCCACAGCAGAGUCUUACUUUGUUGUCUGACAGUGCGGAGCUGGAGUCAUUAUUAAAUAGACAGUUGAGUGUGAGAUGACAUAACUAUGCAAUUCUGCCACUUCUAGAGCGCUGCCCCCAUCUUCAGUGACUGACUGGGCGUGCUACUGGCUGAGCAUUGCGUGCACUGAUGCGUUCAGUAAGAUACAGCUCUCCGCUCACAUUGCACAGAGUAUAGUUCCAUUUAUGAGAAGAAUUUCCUACAUGUACUACAUUUGUGUUUGGGUUUCAAGUUUUCCCUUUUCUGAGGAAACUAAACAUGGUAUCUGUUUAAAAGCUUUAAAUAAAGAUGUGUUUAUAUCCUCCUCCA